AUCUACCAAGUUUCAUUAGACAAGAUGUAAUAAGCGAUGUAUCCUUGGUUUGUCUGAAGCAACGGGUUUCUUACGGUAUCUAAGGGGACUGGAAGGUUUUUAAUGAGGGGUCCUGCUUGCUUAAUAAAGUGGAUUUGAAUUUGUGUUUAAAAAAAAUAUCGACAUACAUUUUCAGUACUUCCCUUUUUGUCUGCGUACAAACCAUUUGCUGGUGACGUAUACACUGCUGAUGGCCAGCAGCCACGAGAUAUCACCGGCGGCAAACACCGUGGCACACGUUCGAUGAAGAGCGAGCCACGACUUCACUUCACCCCCGUGCCACGCACAAAGCAGUGAAUCAAACGGAGCAGGCCGCACCGAUCGACCACUCCACGGCGCGUCCACGCCAUGGCCUCCGCCCAGCCCCUCCGCGCCCUCAACCUGAAGGCGUUCGACGAGACCAAGGCCGGCGUCAAGGGCCUCGUCGACGCGGGCGUCACCGCCGUCCCGACCAUCUUCCACCACCCGCCGGAGACCCUCGCCCACGGCGCGCAUCGACCGCAUCGCUUCACCGUGCCGGUCAUCAACCUGUCGUCCGCCGUCGUGCAGGGCAGCGCGCGGGCCGCGGCGGUCGCGCAGGUGAGGGCGGCCGCGGAGACGGUGGGCUUCUUCCAGGUGGCGGGGCACGGCGUGCCGGAGGCAGCCACGUCGGCGAUGCUGGCGGCUGCGCGGGGCUUCAUCGAGGAGCCCGUGGAGGCCAAGGCGCCCUACUACACCCGGGACACCGGCCGGCGCGUCCGGUACCAGAGCAACCUCGACCUGUUCCAGUCGGCGGCGGCCAACUGGCGCGACACGCUCUUCGUGGAGAUGCUGCCGGAGCCGCCGGCGCCCGAGGAGAUCCCGGCCGCGUGCAGGGCCGUCGCGCCGGAGUACGCGCGGCUGGUGCAGCAGCGGCUGGGCCGCGCCCUGCUGGGGCUGCUGUCGGAGGCGCUGGGCCUCCGCCCCGGCUGCCUCGAGGAGGAGCACGGGUGCCUGGAGGGGCUCAGCCUCGCCUGCCACUACUACCCGGCCUGCCCGGAGCCGCAGCUCACCCUCGGCACGCCGCGGCACACCGACGCCAGCUUCCUCACCGUGCUCCUCCAGGACGCCGUCGGCGGCCUCCAGGUGCUCGUCGACCUCGAGGACAAGGCGGUGUGGGUGGACGUGCCGCCGGUGGCCGGAGCGCUGGUGGUGAACGUCGGCGACUUCCUGCAGCUCAUGUCCAACGACAGGUUCAAGAGCGUGGAGCACCGCGUGGUGUCCAACGGCGUGGGGCCACGGGUCUCGGUGGCGUGCUUCUUCCGGACGGACCGCGCCGCGGCGGCGACGAGGGUGCUAGCGCCGAUCGUCGCCGUCCGCGACGAGGCGCGGUACAGGAGCGCGACGGUGGAGGAGGUGGUCCGGCAGUACUACAAGGUCAAGGGCCUCGCCGGCACCUCUGCGCUCCAGCACUUCAGGCUCUGAAUCUCUUCAUCCAAAAAAAAAUAAAAAAUUGUAUCUUUACAAUUACGAGACACAAAUCAAGAAGUUCAGCAAAGCAGAGCAACAGCAAGAAGCAGCACAGGAUGCAACUAUGCAAGCAUGUGACAGAGUCUGGACAGCCUGAAAAAGACUGAAAUUUGAAGCAUCAGUUGAGGGUUUUUAAAAUCCAAGCGGCGAUCCAUCACUUGCUCUAGCUACUCACGCCGACUUUUCGCUUUAACCCUUUCGGCAAAAGUUCAGCAGUCUAUACUAAUUUACCCUGCCUGAUGAACAACUAGCUGUUAAGUAUAGGAUUGAUUCUUAAGUUGAUCACCUGUGGGGAGGGGACCCUGUCGAAUAAAAUCGCAAAGGCAACCAUGUAACUAAGCACAAACCGCAUCAUUUGAUCAAAGUGUACCUUGAAAAGCUGAUGUUCAUCCAUGAAGAUGAAUCUUCAUGUGAUCGAUCGACUGGCUGUCCUUGAUGAGGUGCAAUCAUUGAUGUUCACGAGCUUUGUUUGGGAUGUCCAAUCUUGAUCGGGGUUCACCGUUUCUCGAUCCGUUAAAUUUUACUGAAGCUCAACCAAAUUUACAAUUAUCUCCGAACCUGGCCCGAUCCCGGUGGACCGUGUGCAAAUCUCGGUAAAAUUUCAGCUCAUCGAUGAGCGCUCGCCUCGACAGGGAUCCUGCUCCAGUCCGUAAACUUUCUUGUGUGCUGAACAAUCCACCAGUAUAGC